AUGUUCUCAUCUUUCUUCUUCUUCCUCAUUCUUCCUCUUCUUCUCUUCCUUCUUCUUCUUCCUUCAUCUUCUUCUCAUCCUUCCUCUUCUUCUGAUUCUUCUUCUUCUUCUCUUCUUCUUCUUCCUUCAUCUUCUCAUCCUUCCUCUUCUUUUCUUCCUCUUCUUCUCUUCCUUCUUCUCUUCCUUCAUCUUCUCAUUCCUUCCUCUUCUUUCCAUUCUCUUCCUUCUUCUUCUUCCAUUCUCUUCCUUCAUUUCUUCCUUCAUCUCUUCUAUUCUUUCUUCUUCUCUUUCUUCUUCAUCCUUCUUUCUUCUUCAUCUUCUCAUCCUUCCCUUCUCUCCAUUCAUUUCCUCUUCUUCUCUUCCUUCUUCUCUUCCUUCAUAUUCUCAUCCUUCCUCUUCUUCCCAUUCUUCCUCUUCUUCUCCUUCUUCUCUUCCUUCAUCUUCUCAUCCUUCCUCUUCUUUCUUCUUUCUCUCUUCCCAUUCUUCCUCUUCUUCUUCUUCUCCUUCUUCUCCUCUUCUUCAUCUUUCAUCCUUCUUCUUCUUCUCAUCCUUCCUUCUUCUUCUCAUCCUUCUUCUCUCUUUCAUCUCCCCAUUUUCCUCAUUCAUUCUUCUUCUCAUCCUUCUUCUCUUCCUUCUCUUCUCAUCCUUCCUCUUCUUCUCAUUCUUCCUCUUCUUCUCUUCUUCUUCUUCUUCCUUCAUCUUCUCAUCCUUCCUCUUCUUGGUCCCAUUCUUCUUCUUCUUCUCUUCCUUCUUCUCUUCCCUUCAUCUUCUCAUUCUUCCUCUUCUUCUUCAUUCUUCCUCUUCUUCCUUCUUCUUCUCUUCCUUCUUCUCUUCCUUCAUCUUCUCAUCAUUCUUCCUCUUCUUCCCUUUCUUCUUCUUCUUCUCUUCCUUCUUCUCUUCCUUCAUCUUCUCAUCCUUCCUCUUCUUCCUCAUUCUUCCUCUUCUUCUUUCCUUCUUCUCUUCCUUCAUCUUCUCAUCCUUCCUCUUCUUCUCAUUCUUCUUUCUUCCAUCUUCUCUUCCUUCAUCUUCUCAUCCUUCCUCUUCUUCCCAUUCUUCUCUUCUUCUCUUCCUUCUUCUCUUCCUUCAUCUUCUCAUCCUUCCUCUUCUUCCCAUUCUUCCUCUUCUUCUCUUCCUUCUUCUCUUCCUUCAUCUUCUUCUCAUUCUUCUUCUUCUUCAUUCUUCUUCUUCUUUCUUCUUCAUCUUCUUCUCUUCUUCUUCUUCUUCUCAUCCUUUCCUCUUCUUCCCAUUCUUCCUCUUCUUCCCAUUCUUCCUCUUCUUCUCUUCCUUCUUCUCUUCCUUCAUCUUCUCAUCCUUCCUCUUCUUCUCAUUCUUCCUUUUCUUCUCAUCCUUCUUCUCUUCCAUCUUCUCAUCCUUCCUCUUCUUCCCAUUCUUCCUCUUCCUUCUUCUUCUUCUCUUCCUUCAUCUUCUCAUCCUUCAUUUCUUCUCAUUCUUCCUCUUCUUUUCUUCUUCUUCUCUUCCUUCAUCUUCAUUCUUCCUUCUCUUCUUCUUCUCAUUCUUCCCAUUCUUCUUCUUCUCUUCCUUCUUCUUUCUUCAUCUUCUCAUCCUCUUCUUCUUCCCAUUCUUUCUUCUUCUUCUUCUUCUUUCCUUUUCUUCUCAUCCUUCCUCUUCUUCCCAUUCUUCCUCUUCCUCUCUUCCUUCUUCUCUUCCUUCAUCUUCUUCUCAUUCUUCCUCUUCUUCUCAUCCUUCUUCUCUUCCUUCAUCUUCUCAUUCUUCCUCUUCUUCUUCUUCUCUUUCUUCUUCUCUUCUUCAUUCUUGCUUCUUCUUCCUCUUCUUCAUUCUUUCUUCUUAUAUAUUCUUCUUCCUUUCAUCUUUCUUCCUUCUUCCUUUCUUCAUUCUUCCUCUUCUUCUUCUCUUCUUCUCUUCCUUCAUCUUCUUCAAUCCUUCCUCUUCUUCUCAUUCUUCCUCUUCUUCUCUUCUUCCUUCUUCUCUUCCUUUUCUUCUUCUUUCAUUCUUCUUCUCUUCUUCUUCUUCUUCUCUUCUUUCUUCUCUUCCUUCAUCUUCUCAUUCUUCCUCUUCUUCUCAUCUUCUUCCUCUUCCUUUCUCUUCUCAUUCUUUCUUCUUCUCUUCCUUCAUCUUCUUCCCAUUCUUCCUCUUCUUCUCUUCCUUCUUCUCUUCCUUCAUCUUCUCAUCCUUCCUCUUCUUCCCAUUCCUCCUCUUCUUCUUUUCCUUCUUCUCUUCCUUCAUCUUCUUCUCAUUCUUCCUCUUCUUCAUUCUUCUUCUUCCUUCAUCUUCUUCUUCUUCUUCUCUUCUUCUUCUUCUUUUCUUCCUCUUCUUCAUUCUUCCUCUUCUUCUCUUCCUUCUUCUCUUCCUUCAUCUUCUCAUCCUUCCUCUUCUUCCCAUUCAUCCUCUUCUUCUUCUUUGUUUUUCUUCUUUCUUCUUCUUUCUUCCUUCCUCUUCUUCCUCUCUUCAAGUCAUCCUUCUUCUCUUCCUUCAUCUUCUCAUUCUUCUCUUCUUCUCUUCUUCUUCUUCUUCCUUCAUCUUCUUUUCCUUCAUCUUCUUCCCAUUCUUCCUCUUCUUCCAUCCUUUUCUCUUCCUUCUCUUCUCAUUCUUCUCUUCUUCUCAUCCUUCUUUCUUCCUCUUCUUCUCAUCCUUCCUCUUCUUCUCAUCCUUCCUCUUCUUCUUCUUUCUUCUUCUCUUCCUUCAUCUUCUCAUCCUUCCUCUUCUUCCCAUUCUUCCUCUUCUUUCUUCCUUCUUCUCUUCCUUCAUCUUCUCAUCCUUCCUCUUCUAAUUAUUCUUUCUUCUUCUUUCCUUCUUCCUCUUCCUUCAUCUUCUCAUCCUUUCUUUUCUUCUUCCCUUCUUCUCUUCCUUCUUCUCUUCCUUCAUCUUCUCAUUCUUCCUCUUCUUCUCAUUCUUUCCUCUUCCUUCUUCUUCUUCUUUCCUUCAUCUUCUCAUCCUUCUCUUCUUCCCAUUCUUCCUCUUCUUCUCUUCCUUCUUCUCUUCCUUCAUCUUCUCAUCCUUCCUCUUCUUCCCAUUCUUCCUCUUCUUCUCUUCCUUCUUCUCUUCCUUCAUCUUCUUCUCAUUCUUCCUCUUCUUCUCAUCCUUCUUCUCUUCCUUCAUCUUCUCAUUCUUCCUCUUCUUCUCAUCCUUCUUCUCUUCUUUCUUCUUCUUCUCUUCUUCUCUUCUCUUCUUCCUCUUCUUCUCUUUUCUUCCUCUUCUUCUCUAGAUUCCUUCUUCUCUUCCUUCAUCUUCUUCCUUCCUCUUCUUUAG